AUGUUGAGCCUUUAAAAUAAAAUGAAUGUUGAAAAAAAGGGGGAAUUCCCCCUUGAUCGAGGUGAAACAGUAUAUAAAUAACUUUGACAUUGGACAGACUAAACAUUAUUAAGUUAUUGAGACACUAAGUACGUAUCCUGCUCAAAACAUCGUUUUUAUGUAAUAUUUACGUGUUUAUUUUGACCUAAAUGUUUAUAGACAUCUUAUUAGGACAUAAACUUUCCUUGUUCCGAUGACAUUACAAAACCUUCUUUGCCGAAAAUUGUAUAAAUACAUUUAACAAUCAUGUUUGAUUAAAUCUAUGGGAAUAUUAAGUCUUGGAUUGUGGUUUAAAUGAGAAUGUUAAAGUGGAUGUGCAUAUAAAAUGACAUACACAGUGUUACUUUGUGGAAUGCUAAUGUGCAUACUUUAUGAAAACUGCUAUGCUUCCAUAACAAACAUGAGGGACAAUCAAACGACAGGGAAUAAACAGGAGAAUCUUCUUAACAAUUCACAUUUAGAAAAUCAAGGUGAAGGAAAAAUACAGAGAAACAAUGUCAGAAGAUCCCUUCAAGGUCACUUGCCUGUUGCUUGGCAACACAUGUGCACUGCUGAGUUCAAAUUUGUGACUGGUUCAAAUUUCACCAGUCAAAAUGCAGUAUUUGUAUCAUGUGAUCUAAAGCAGGAUGAUCAUUGGUCACUUCAAACCUACAGGGACUGGAUAUCAACCAAUGAGAAGCAAGUUUACAGUGCCAUACCAAUAGAAAGAGAUGUGCUAUUUGCAUUUGAAUUUAAAUGUUCUCACCAGAAUGCAGAAGUAUCUCUACCAUGGCCAUUGGCAGCAAAAUACCUUUGGUUUGUUUCUGUUUUUAACUGUACAAUUUUAGACUAUUUGGAGGAAUAUGAUACUGAAGUUAGUAUACCAGACACACUUAAAGUGGUUGAAUUUGUAAACUCAGAGUUAGAAAUUAACAGCGAAACAUUUUUUGAGAUUUUAACAAAUUAUGGAAAUGUAAGCAAACAGUAUGAUUGUGGAAGCGAGGUUCUGGAGAAAUAUGUCUUUAGAAAUUGUACAGAAUACUUCAGUGAGUUGAUACCAGACAACACUGAACUAGUUUUCUUAGAAGCUGAAAUAGGAAAAAAGAAUAUGACAGUUAAAGACACUGAUAUACUUGAAAAAUCGGGAAAAUCUUUAAGUAACAACAGUGGUAACAUUACACCACCCAGUUUGAUUCCCUCUGAAGAGAAAGAAAUGCUGGAUACAAUUGCAAGGUUUGGUCAAGAACACAAUAAAGUUGAACAUCAUUGCAAUUUCAAACAUCUAUUGUACAUAGAUCAGAGUUAUACUUCUACAACUGCUAGACAUCGAAGUAAUCUAAUGACAGACAGAUAUAUUUAUCCUGCUCUGCAGUACUACAAUAUGUCACAUUCCAAGGUCAGUCAACUUUCUCCAAUGUUUCUUGACUGGAGGAGAUAUUUUCCCAAAAUGAAGUAUCUUGAUCUUUCUUAUAACAAAAUCAAGUAUUUUUCAACACUCACAGAUCAUGGGUUACAGAAUGGCAGUAAAGGUGUCCUUGACCUUCGCCAUAACAAUAUAACAACCUUGACCUCUGAAGACAUUGACACACUGAGAGUGCACAGCAACACAGUUUAUGUUGACCUUAGAAAUAAUCCACUUCACUGUGACUGUAAACUAACUCACUUUGUCAAGGAACUGAAAAAUGAUUCAAAUGAAAUUUUAAAGAAUUAUAAAUAUCUUCAACAUAUGAAAUGCUCAAGUCCAAGCCAAUGGAAAGGAUAUGUAAUUUCCGAGUUAGAUGUAGACUUUUGUGAGGAACUUGAAUUGAUUAUCCUGGCUGAACCACUAGCUGUGCUUGGCACAUUUGUUGCCCUCUUGAUAGUUAUUUUACUUAUCACAAUCAAGUGUAGAAAGGAAAUCAUGAUCCUUGCAUUUACGAGACUUAACGUCAACCUGCCAUGUCGGAAACUCAUUAGACAUGAGAAAAAGGCUUACGAUGCUUUCAUUGCAUACAGUGAGCAUGAUGGGCCAUGGGUUAUUCAAACAUUAUUGCCAAGAUUAGAAACGCCCUUGGAGAAUAAUGGGCCUGGGCUUAAACUGUGUAUUCAUCAUAGAGAUUUCCCUAUAGGUGGCAGCAUUGCUGAAAAUAUCCUUGAGAAGGUAAAAGACAGUCAUCACACUGUCCUUGUUCUGUCCAACAACUUUCUCCUCUCAAACUGGUGUAGGUAUGAAUUCAAAACAGCCUUCUCUCAGAGCUUGAUGGAAAGAAAGCGUCAUCUGAUCAUGAUCAUGAAAGAGGAGCUUGACAAACACUUGAUUGAUGCUGAUCUGAAUAGGUGCUUGAAAACAUUCACUUUUGUAAAAGCAGAUGACAGGCUGUUCUGGGAUAAACUGAUAUAUGCUUUAAAUGAUAAGGCCAGACAACAUAAGAAUGGCCAAAAAGACAUUCAAAAUGGGAUAGCUGACAAUGAGAACAGAAAGCCUGUAAACCAAGAACAUGUUAUAAACGUAAUCAUUAGAAACAAUGAUGUUAAUGAUAAUAUACCAGGAGCUCUUGUGAAUAAAGGUACCAGAAACAACACUGAGAUUCAAGGGGAGAGAAUAAAUCCUGCCUUCAUUCAAGAUGGAGUAUGGAAGUUGUGAUGACUUCAAACUUAAGACUAAUUUUCAUAACA